ACCAAUUAGAGGACGAUUCCCGGGCCUGUGGUACUAGGAGCUCUGUCAAUCAACCGUGCUACGCUAGCACGUGCAGCGUGGUGACUCCAGAUCCACCAAGAGGCUUAGCUGAACUCCAGCUGCUGAAUGAGAAUGAGUUUGAAGCUUUUUGCGUGAUCAUGGAACAGAGCCUCGGUUUAAUAAUGCGUCCUGAGGCAAACUGUUACCUGAGUCAGGGCUCUAAAUAAUGCAUUUCCUGGGAACAACAGUUGUAGCAGAAGAGGAUGCUGGAGCCCAUAGCAAGAUUGCUGUCUGAGAUGGAAAGAUGUCUCACUAUCAUUUCAUCAAGUGCUGUUGCUUUCAGCUAUGUAAUGUUUUUCGAACCCAUGAGAUGGAAAUUGACCAGUGUUUGCUGGAGUCCCUUCCCCUGGGCCAGAGGCAGCGGCUGGUGAAGCGCAUGCGCUGUGAGCAGAUCAAAGCCUACUAUGAAAGAGAGAAGGCUUUUCAGAAGCAGGAAGGAUUCCUGAAAAAGCUGAAGCAUGGGAAGAAUCAGAAAGUUCACUUUAACCUUGCUGACAUGAUACAGGAUGCAAUUAUCCACCACGAUGACAAAGAAGCACUCCGGCUCCUGAAGGAGGGCGCGGAUCCGCACACCCCUGUCUCCUCAGGAGGGUCCCUGCUGCAUCUGUGUGCUCGGUAUGAUAAUGCCUUCAUCGCAGAGAUCCUGAUUGACAGAGGGGUCAAUGUCAACCACCAGGAUGAAGACUUUUGGACACCAAUGCACAUUGCCUGUGCUUGUGACAACCCUGAUAUUGUCCUGCUGCUUGUAUUAGCUGGAGCCAACGUCCUCCUGCAGGAUGUUAAUGGAAAUAUCCCAUUGGAUUAUGCCUUAGAAGGGACAGAAUCCAGCUCUAUCCUGUUGACCUAUCUCGACGAAAAUGGAGUGGAUCUGACCUCACUACGCCAGAUGAAGCUUCAGAGACCAAUGAGCAUGCUAACGGAUGUCAAACACUUCUUAUCAGGUGGCGGAAAUGUUGAUGAGAAAAAUGAUGAAGGAGUAACGCUGUUACAUAUGGCAUGUGCAAGUGGCUACAAGGAGGUGGUGUCUCUUCUCCUCGAACAUGGCGGAGACCUCAAUAUAGCAGAUAAUCAAUACUGGACACCACUCCAUUUGGCAGCAAAGUAUGGCCAGACAAACCUGGUGAAGCUGCUUCUGAUGCAUCAGGCAAAUCCAAACCUUCUGAACUGCAAUGAAGAGAAGCCUUCAGAUAUUGCUGCAUCUGAGUUUAUUGAAGAAAUGCUGCUGAAAGCCGAAGUUGCCUGGGAAGAAAGGGUAAAAGAGCAUUUAUCUGUCCCUGCCUUGGCCUCCGAGGAGCCAUAUGAAGAGAUCCUCCAUGACCUUCCAACUGUCUCCAGCAAGCUCAGUCCCCUGGUGUUGCCAAUUGCCAAGCAAGACAGUAUGUUGGAAAAAGACAUUAUGUUCAAAGAUGCCACAAAAGGUCUAUGCAAGCGACAGUCUCAAGACAGCAUCCUUGAAAAUGCUACUGUGAAUGGCUCCACCAAACCUGAGCAGGUCAAGCUGAUGCCUCCUGCUCCCAGUGAUGACCUGGCUACGCUCAGCGAGCUGAACGAUGGCACCCUGCUUUAUGAAAUUCAGAAGCGCUUUGGGAACAAUCAGAUAUACACUUUUAUUGGAGACAUCCUCUUGCUUGUUAACCCAUUCAAGGAGCUUCCAAUAUAUUCCACCAUGGUGUCUCAGCUGUAUCUCAGCAGCACCGGGCAGCCCUGCUCGUCCCUGCCACCGCACAUCUUCUCCUGCGCUGAGAGAGCCUUUCACCAGCUUUUCCAGGAGCAGCGCCCACAGUGCUUCAUCCUUAGUGGAGAAAGAGGAUCAGGCAAGUCUGAAGCCAGCAAACAAAUAAUGAGACACCUAACCUGCAGAUCUGGCUACAGCAGACCUAUGUUUGAGUCCAAAUUUAAGCAUGUCAUGUGCAUCUUGGAAGCCUUUGGACAUGCCAAGACGACACUUAAUGAUCUGUCCAGUUGCUUCAUAAAGUAUUUUGAACUACAGUUCUGCGAGAGGAAAAAACACUUAACUGGAGCCAGAAUUUAUACAUAUAUGCUCGAGAAAUCCAGACUUAUUUCACAACCUCUUGGCCAGAGCAAUUUUCUCAUUUUCUACUUGCUGAUGGAUGGGUUAUCUGCUGAAGAAAAAUAUGGACUUCACCUUAGUAAUUUAUAUGCCCACCGGUAUUUGAACCAGACCCUACCAGAAGAUAUAUCAACAGCAGAGCAUUCUCUGAACAGGGAGAAAUUUGCUAUUUUGAAACAAGCCCUGAAUGUAGUUGGCUUCAGUAACUUGGAGGUAGAGAAUCUGUUUGUGAUCCUGGCAGCAAUAUUACACAUUGGAGACAUUCGAUUCACUGCUCUGACCGAGGCCAACUCCGCAUUUGUCUCUGACCUCCAGCUUCUAGAACAAGUGGCUGGAUUGUUACAAGUAUCAACUGAGGAGCUGGUAUCUGCUUUAACAUCCGAUAUCCAGUAUUUUAAAGGAGAUACCAUCAUACGGCGACACACUGUGGAGAUGGCAGAAUUUUACCGGGACCUCUUGGCCAAGUCCAUGUUCAGUCGUUUGUUUAGCUUUUUGGUGAAUACCAUGAAUUGUUGCCUCCACAGUCAAGAUGAGCACAGCAGCACACAGACUUUGGAUAUUGGAAUACUGGACAUCUUCGGUUUUGAAGAAUUUCAAAAGAAUGAAUUUGAACAACUUUGUGUCAACAUGACCAAUGAGAAGAUGCACCACUACAUCAAUGAAGUACUUUUUCUACACGAGCAAACAGAAUGUGUACAAGAGGGAGUUGCCAUGGAAACAGCUUAUUCUCCUGGUAACCAGGCUGGAGUUUUGGAUUUUUUUUUCCAGAAGCCAUCUGGAUUUCUCUCUUUAUUGGAUGAAGAAAGUCAGAUGAUUUGGUCAAUGGAACCGAAUCUUCCCAAAAAGCUACAAAGUCUCCUAGAAUCUUCAAACACAAAUGCCGUGUAUUCCCCCAUGAAGGAUGGGAACGGGAAUGUUGCACUCAGAGAUCAGGGUGCGGCGUUCACCACCAUGCACUAUGCAGGAAGGGUAAUGUACGAAAUUGUUGGAGCAAUUGAGAAAAAUAAAGACUCCCUCUCACAAAAUCUUCUAUUUGUCAUGAAAACUAGUGAAAAUGUCGUGAUCCAUCAUUUGUUCCAGUCGAAACUGUCCCAGACAGGAUCCCUCGUGUCUUCCUAUCCUUCUUUUAAGUUCAGAGGACACAAAUCUGCCCUGCUCAGUAAGAAAACGGGAGCUUCUUCAAUUAUUGGAGAAAACAGGAAUUAUCUAGAACUCAGUAAGCUAUUAAAAAAGAAAGGAACUUCUACAUUUCUUCAGAGACUAGAACGGGGAGGUCCAGUCACCAUUGCAUCGCAACUCAGGAAAUCUCUAACGGAUAUUAUUGGCAAACUCCAGAAGCGCACUCCGCACUUCGUCCACUGCAUCAAGCCCAAUAACUCAAGGCUGCCAGAUACUUUCGAUAAUUUUUACGUGUCUGCUCAGCUACAAUAUAUUGGGGUCCUGGACAUGGUGAAGAUCAUCCGAUACGGAUACCCUGUUCGCCUUUCCUUCUCAGAUUUCCUGUUAAGGUACAAGCCAUUGGCCGAUACACUCCUGGGCGAGAAGAAGCAGCUGUCUGCCGAGGAGAAGUGUCGCCUUGUUCUCCAACAGUGCAAACUGCAAGGCUGGCAGAUGGGAGUCCGAAAAGUGUUUCUAAAAUACUGGCACGCCAACCAGCUCAAUGAUAUGUGCCUGCAGCUGCAGAGAAAAAUUAUAACCUGCCAAAAAGUUGUAAGAGGAUUCCUGGCACGCCAGCACUUGCUUCAGAAAAGGAGCAUCAGACAGCAAGAGGUCACGUCCAUCAACAGCUUCCUGCAGAUUACAGAGGACAUGGGGUUGAAGACCUAUGAUGCCCUGGUCAUUCAGAACGCUUCAGACAUUGCACGUGAAAAUGAUCGGCUGCGCAACGAAAUGAAUGCUAUUUACCAUAAAGAGAAAGUGGAGACCAGAAACAAGCCAGAGGAAGGAAUCAAAAGAGCCGAAGAUAAGGGCGGACCCAAGCAUUUCCACUACGGCUCCAUCCCGGUUCCCAUGGCGGUGGAUGGCCUGAUCCAGUCCCUGGCUGGCCCAUCCACCCGGUCUCCUUCUCUACACUCGGUGUCCAGCCUGGAUGACAGCAGCGGCCUCCCGUCACCACGGAAACAGCCUCCACCCAAGCCAAAGAGGGACCCCACCACGCGGCUGAGCGCCUCCUACGAGGCUGUGAGCGCCUGCCUGUGGGCGGCGGCCAGGGAGUCUGCAGGUGAAGUUCUCACCAGGCCCCGACCGCACAGCGACGACUACAGCACCAUGAAGAAGAUUCCUCCCCGCAAGCCCAAGCGCAGCCCCCACACGAAGCUCAGCGGCUCCUCCGAGGAGAUCGCGGGCGCCCGGCGCAGAGGCGGCCCGCAGCGCGCAGCCGGGGUGGGGGUCCCCGCGCCCCCCGCGCCCCCCGCGCCCCCCCCCGAGCCCGAGCCCGAGCCCGAGCCCGUCUACAUCGAGAUGCUGGGCCGGGCCGGCAGCCCCGAGCAGGCGGAGGCGGUGUACGAGGAGAUGAAGUACUCGGCGCCCCCCGAGGCGGCCGCGUCGCCCCCUCCGCUGGGUGGCUGCCGGACCCCGGGCGCCUGGGCGGACGCGUGCGACAUCCCGGCCCCCUUCCCCAACCUGCUCCCUCACCGGCCCCCGCUCCUGGUGUUCCCCCCGACGCCCGUCACCUGCUCCCCGGCGUCCGACGAGUCGCCCCUGACGCCCCUGGAGGUGAAGAAGCUGCCGGUGCUGGAGACCAACCUCAAGUACCCCGUGCCCGCCGAAGGCCCCAGCCCGCCGUCGCCGCAGCACCCCAGAAACCAAAACGGCGACGGGGACCCGCCCGCGGCCCCCGGCUCGCCCCCCACGCCGCCCCCCGCGCCCCCCGCGCCCCCCGCGCCCCUCGCCGCGCGGCCGCCCGCGCCCUUCGCCGCCCCCCCGGAGCCCGCGGGGGGCGCGGCCGGCAGAGCAACGGGGGUGGCCGGCCCCGACGUGCCCAAGGCGCCGCAGCCGGGCUCCGCGCCCGCGGGAGGCCCGGGCGGCCCCCUCCCCAAGGCCCCCUACUCCCCCGGGAGGGUGGCCAGGGCCGAGCCCUGGAAGGCCAGCGCCGGGCCCCCCUCCCCGGUGCCCUACAGCCCCCCGAACUGCAGGGCGCUCGGCAGCCCCUUGGACGAGCUCACCAGCCUGUUCAGCUCGGGAAGGAGCGUGCUCCGCAAGUCGGCGGCGGGGAGGAGGAUCCGGGACCCCGAAGGUUUUGAAACUAACAUGAACUUAAGUGGCCGAGAUGAUCCUGGUAGAUCAGAAAUUGCAUCUGAAACUCAAGAUAGAAAUGCAAAUAACCAUGGAAUUCAAUUACCUAAUUCACUAUCGAGUGCUAUCACUGCUGAAAAUGGGAAUUCCAUCUCAAAUGGUUUACCUGAAGAAGAUGGAUUCUCCAGGUUGUCUGUGAGCAGCUCCACGCCCUCAUCAUUUCAGAGACAGAGAGAGAGCCACACCACUCAGGUAAUCCACCAGCUGAGGCUCUCCGAGAAUGAAAGCGUGGCCCUGCAGGAGCUCCUGGACUGGAGGCGGAAGCUGUGCGAGGGGAGAGAAGACUGGCAGCAUCUCCUGCACCCCUCGGAGCCCAGGGCGCCUCCCCCGCCGCCCUGCAAGAAGCCGAGCCUGGUGAAGAAGCCCGAGGGGGCCUCGUGCGGCCGGCUGCCCUCGGAGCUGUGGGACUCCAGCCUGUGAGUGCCGCGCUGCAGGCGCCAGAGCAGAGCCGCGCCGGGCUCCAGGCCGCCGGCCGGGGCUGCGCCACCCGGACCGGUGCUUCCUGCGCGCAGUUAUCCGGGCGGAGGCCCGCAGAGUCCGCGUGCGUGCACCUGCGCGUGUGCUUGCUCGCCGGCUGGGGGGCGUGCACUCUGGUUCUUAGGCUCCGUGGCCCUCGGGCGCUUGCUACCCCCACGGAGCAAGAGAAGGGCCUGGAGAACCUGGGGGGCAGCGCCAGGGGGAGGAGGCAGAGAGGAGGGGCGCGCACGCGGAGCCGGAGCCGGGGCCGGGGCCCUGUUGAGCCCAACAGCGCGCCUCUUGUUCGCCCGCCGCUCUCCUGGAAUACACUCUACAGGACAUACGUUUGAUUUCUUUGCAGUUGUGUUUUAUUGGAAUUACAAACCUGAUCAUUAUUUACAUGUUUAGGACCCUGAGCUGUAUUAUAACCUGAUACAAUUGGUGGUGCUCCCUUCAACACACACAUUUUUUUUAAAAAAUUCAUUUCUAGAAUUUUCUUUCCUCCACACGCCUUUUUUUUUAUUAUUAUUAUUAUUUUUUAAUUAAGCCUGAAGGACCUGAAAUCCUCGAGACUAUGUCACUGCUUUAGCUUGGCCAGAGUGGAUCCCGCGCGCGCGCGCGCACACAGACCAAGCCCCGGGUUCUCUGCUCUCCUGGCCUCAGGGCACAGCCUUUCUGUGCAAUGUCUCUGCUCAAGUGCACUGCGAGCUCUUUACCCACGUGUCACCUCCUGGCGUCACCCUAGGUUCCGGGAGCUCAGUUGCACACGUGUGGCUUCACAUUCAUAGCCAGUGGUGUGACCGGGUCGGUUCCACUUGCAGUCUGCACAUACAGAGGAGCCCGCGGAGAUGUGCUGCUGGUGCCCCACAUCCCAAGGUUUCUGUCCCCUCCGAGCUGCGCUGCAUGGCUCACCUGCUGUAUCUCCUCCACCCUCCCAGUAACACAACCGCCCUGUUUACCCGUGUGCUUCUGUGGCUGUCCGGAAGUCCUCGGCAGUGCCAUCAGGCAGUGCUACUUGGAACUUUGUAUUCAUACCAGCCUUUGGAAAGUCACCGUACCAAUAAAAGGUGCAGCUGUGUUC